AUGCAGUGCGAAUCCGGCUUUGAGCAAGCCGCGGUGAAAUUCGAUCAACGCCACCAGCAUUGGAAGUACUACUGCUGCCCGGCGCCAAACAAAUUCCACGGGUGCCGCUGGGCAGGCGACCGCAAUCAGAAUUGCGACAACAACCAUUGUCAGGAGUACGAGAUACAGUUGAUGACAGACAACACAGGCGAUGACACACUCCCAUGCCCUCAUCACCGGAAGCGAGCACUAUGUUGUCCUUUUCCACCGGAAAGCGCAUUUGUGCCCGUUCCGUUGGCAGAGAUAUUCGAGCACCCACCUGCUGCACAAGACAUUGUCUCUUGGGAGAUUGGCUAUCCCAGCUCCUCGCCAUCGAAACACAGUCCUCAAGGUGUUGCAUUCGCUUGGCUGCUAAUCGAUGGGCCUCAAGAUGUAGUCACAAACCUCAAGCGCAAGAGAGAUGGCACUCCUUCCGACCUCAUCUUUCUCGGCUGCAGUCAUGCAGUCGGUAGAGAUCAGCAGGUCAUCAGAUUUGUAUGUUCUUCUGCGCCUACCGAUUCAGGUUCCGACUGCGACCACAUGAUGGAGGGCGGUGUCGAGGGUACAGUGGUGGAACUGCCUACUGAAUGUACCAUGGCCAAGUACGCGAUUGCUCAUGCUGUGACGCUUUCUGGAGAUCAAACACUACCCGGUCACUUAUCAUCGAUUGCUAACACUACAGUUUUCGAGCUCACUUUCAGCUUCGAUUUUGGCCUGGUCAAGCGAGGCAGCGGGCCUGUCUCCUUUCGAGUAGACUUUGACACUCGAGGAGGUUGCUGGGAGCUGGUGGUCGAUGAGAACUCGGAUAAGACUGUCACCCCCAUCCCCCAUUCGAAACGAUGGGUUGGCACAAACCAAGCAGCGUGGAACAAGAAAUUCGAUCAGUGGCUGGGUAUGGACAUUGGAGAAGAAAAGCAGAAUGGCAUUGCGCUUGAACAAGACUUCAACAGGAAGCUUGUCUCGAACGUUGCUGCAUGCGAGAACGGCGCCAGCGAGUAUGCGGACAUCAAUCUUAAGGGAGUUCUCAAAGCUCAUAUCAGGGCAGCUGGAACCAUUAUCGGAGAGAUCGGAUCAAAUCCUCGUAUCGAUCAUGCCUCGGUGAUCUUGGAAACUGACAUUGAUGUUGAAAUCAGUUCCGAGACCGUCUUGUCUGGAGGUUCCAACACACCUCGACUUGCAGGCGAAAUUGUUCGACUCGAGAAGGUCAACGAGGGCUUCAACCAUCCUGGGGUAAUCUCGAUAUUCCCAGCCCUCAGAGCAGAAGCCGGCAUCCAAGGAUCUCUCAACUUUACUGGUAAUUUGACUGUCAAUGCUAAGGGCCGCACAAAAGAGUCCCAGGGUCUACGCAAUGCAUGGCCUCACGCGCUGCGAGAGACGUCCGGAGAUACCGAAGGCAUUGAACUCACGGCUACCGAGACCUUUUCUGGCACAGUCCGAGAAGUGCAGUCGGCGGUUGACUACAGCAUUGACUUAGACGCCGAGGCUGGAGUACGCAUCAAUCUCAACCCGUUUGGGUGGAAGGGCCGGGGCUACGAUAUGUUCCUCGGAUCAGCCUUUUCUACGAUCAGCCAGGUGUCUUCGAAAGCCGAAGAGUACAAUAAUAUGUUCUACUACUCGCAAAGCACGAGUCCCGGUCGACGUAUCUUGAAGUACGACAAAUCGAAUAACGUUGGCGAUUUUGAGCCGUGGGCGAACGACGACAACGGAAGUCCGACCAAGUCGAAAGGCAGUCCCCCGAAGCAGCUUGCUGUUGGGCGUGUUGGGAAUAAUUUUGGAGAUUCCCCUUGUCCCAAUAUUAGACCUGAAGUUGAGAACCCACUGCUGGAUCCUGGCCACUUGUUAGGUAUGGUUUGUUCUGCGACAGAGGAGAAGAAACCAUGCCCGUUCCACGAUUUUGGGUGCCAAUACAGCAUAUGUGCAGAACCGGGUGCCGAUUGUCCGCUCGAGGAAGGCUCUGAUGAUGGAUGGGAUGAGGGUCGCGACGAACUACGCCGUGAAGAGCACCACAGUCUCGCCAAUGCCCUCGAACUGUCUUAUCAGGACCCCCGCAAUCUGUCCAGCGCUGACUGGGUCGAAUAUAUUGUGGAUGACCGAGGUACUCGUAGAGAAUACAGAUGCGAUUUCUCCCUGAAUAGACACUUGAUCAUCAAGGAGUCCGGCUAUCCCUCUGCGGGAGUGAUCUUCAACGGCAGAGCCGGCUCGACUGUUCGAAAGAGCGUUUUCGAAUACGCAUCGAACAGCGACUGCUCGGAUCCCGACAUCAGAGAGGUCCAAGUAUCCGCUGGCACAGGUUACGUUACUGAGCACAUCCUGGAGCUGCAGACAAUCAAGGAGUUCCUGGAAGCAUUGGAGCGUGGAACUAUGACAUCUAGGAAGCAGUUCAAAAACCGCUACUCGGUGGAUGCCAGGUACUUCAUGAACUACUGGAACCAGCCAACACUUGAUAAGACCACGCCGCCAAUUCCACGCAUGAACAGGCAAGGCUCGCUGAUUCCUAAUGUUCGGGUAUUCGAGGCCCUUGGGACCAAUCGCAACCGGCAACAGUUCGUGCUUACUACGCCGGAGAUCAACGGCGUAAAGGCAAAGCUUUGGCAGAGGAGAGCGCCACGACUAGCACGUGAAUAUGACAAUGAUGUGGAAGAGUGGUUGAGAUGUCACAAAGGUCCAGACACUUUCCUCAAAUACUUGAGAGCCACUCGAGCUGUCUUUGUGUAUCUGCAAGAGAAGUCGGAGGUGAGGAACAGAUAUCUUGCAUUGAAGAGAGCGGUGCGCACCGAGCUGGAGAUCAUCUCCAAGCAUGAUAUAAGCGUGUACAAUCUCGCAGGUCUCCCGGCAGCGUGGGACGAAUUUAUGGACGAUCUCAUCAUGGUCAUCUGUACCACGGCAAGUCAGUGGAUGCUGGAUAGGAUCGCCGAUACGAAAGAUUACAUCAACGCGCACCAGUCGUCCAAUCUCCCCGGAAAUGUCAAGCAAGUCCAGAUUGCUCUAGAGACCAUGAGAAUCUUGGCAAAAGGAAUCGGCAACAAGAUCUGA